AUGCAUGUGAUCCUUGGGCCUCAACCCUCAGCCAGGUUUUUGGCCGUUUCCCUUAGCUUCGUCAACUCAUUGCACAAAAGCUUGGGGAAACGGCCCCGGAUCGCGCUACAUGCCACGCUCACCAGGCCCAGAACGGAUGGAAAUUUCGCUGGUGACAAGCUGAAGCAACGCGCCAGCACCUGGAAGAAGAGUCUCCUGCAAACAACGAAUGGAACAGCGCAAGGUGCUGUGCAAGAACAAGAUGCAAGGUCGACGGCAAAUCUGCGGAUGGCCAUAGCUUCCAAGGGACAGCAUCUCCUGAUGCGGAGUUAUGAGCCCAAGGGUUCACUGGUGCUGACGCAAUGGACCUACGCCGAAGACAUGAAGGAGCUGCUGCUGGGGAGGGGUCUCCUGCAGCUGUGGCUGUGGCUGAAAAGACAGACCAAAUGUUGGAUGAACUGUUGGAGGGCUGAUGCUGCGGUGAAGUCACAGUCAGCGGCAUUGACCACCUCCGCUGCUCCGGCGAAAGCCCCACUGCAGCGCCAGGUCUUCAGCCUCUUGGUGGGCGAUGCGAUGGUGGUGAGCCGGAGCGACAUGGGGGAGAAGGUCAACGUGAUGGCCGAGCUCUUCAGGGUCCUGCUGCCGAAGUUCAGCCAGCUGAGCGUCUACGCCCGCGGCUCUGGUUCUCAACAAGUUCGACCUGGUGGAGGUCAGGGGACGCCGACACAUGCAGAGCAGCGUCUGGUGGCUCAUGAUGGACUUUCUCAUCAGGAUCUUCUGGAGAUCGAGGCGAUGAAGAUGCAGGCGCUUCGUGAAGUUCAGGAGAAGUUGAAAAAUGAAAUGGCUCGAAGAAAGGGAGCCGCUGUGUCUGGGACGUGUGGAGUUUGGGGAUUGGAUUGCGGUCAUAACGCCACUGAUGUCCGAUCUCAACAGCACUUCGGCUUCGUGGUGGUCGCUGACGAUGGCUUCUGCACAGCGCUACUACGAGCUCUGGCGUGUGGCGAGUCCGUUGGAGCGUCUCAGACUCAAGGUGGAGAUGGACCCCGCGGCCAAAAAGUUUCCUCGAACGGAACAAAGGGCUGUCACUAUGUUGUUGGCAGCUGUGCCGGAACAAAUCCGAAGGGAUGUCGUUGCCACAAGGAAGAUGAGCAGCGUGGAGAUCGUGUUCACCCUGCUUUGCAAGUACCAGCUGGGGGGAGCCCAGGAAAGGACUGGAUUCUUCGAGAGCUGACCGAAAACAAGUUGGCUGCCAAUGCUGGUGUCAAGGAGAUUCUCAACACGCUGAGAACGCGGAGGAGGAACCUGGGAAAGGCAUCAGAAUUUGGGGUUCAACUACCCGAUCCACUGCUGCUGAUGGGCCUGCUGUCAAAAUGGUCAGACUCUCUAUGCAGAGUAGGGGGAUCACAAAUGGCUUUUCGAGUGGCGGGCAUGCGACAGGCAUUGGCCCUUGACACUACCCCUUUGCCGGCGAGUGUGACUGAGUUUGCGGAGCACUUGCAAGCGGAAGCUGAACAGCUGAUGUUGGCCACUCCUACUGCGACUUCAACGGUGUCAACUCCGAGCUCAACGGUUGCGGCUGACGUGAAAAAGAAGGAGCUGGUGAAAGCAGCAGCUCUUACAACUCCAAAUGAAAAGGCGAGGUGCCGCUUUUGGGGCACUGCUGUUGGUUGCAAGCGGGCUGACUCUUGCAGCUUUGAGCAUUCUUGGGAUGGAAUCCAAAAGAAGGGUCGGUGCUGGAACUGUUCUGCUGAAGGACAUCUACGACCUGAUUGCCCGUACCCGCGGGAUUCAUCCAGCUCUCCAACUACAAAGGAAAAGAUCUCGAAGAUCGCGGCGCCGAAGGCGAAUGUGAAGAAGGAAGGGAGCCCGAAGCAUGGAAGAGGGGAUCCUACACCGACUUCUCCGACGGCACCAUCAAGGAGCUCUUCAUCAGGGACUUUUCCAACAGCAUCCACAUCGAGCUCUGGGGCAGCGGACGAAAAGGGGAAAACCAAGAUCGUGGAAGAGAAGCCGGUCACGCCUGAGGCACUGGUGUCCGACCUUUCCAGCUUGGUCAAAUCCCUUCAGGGCCUGAAAGCCAUCCAGCUGCGCUAUGUGGAGGCCAAGGUGUUCAAAAACGAUGGGGUUAAGGUGGCAUUGGUAGACGGUGGCGCGACCCACGCAUUGAGGCGUGGUACCAAGUCCGAGCUGGAGAACUCUGAGCCGGUGACUGUGAAAUUGGCUCAUGGGUCGAUGGUCCUUCGGAAAAAGAAGGGCUGCAGCACUCUUCUAACCAACGACGACAUCGAGCGCACCUUGCCUGUGCGACUUCUCAUCGACCAUGGAUUCAACCUGACAUGGACAUCAAGUGGGAUCAACAUUCAUCAUCCUCGACGUGGACCCCUUCGAUGCUGGAAAAGACAGGGGUGCCCUGUGAUGCACAGGGAGGAAGCUUUGGCGCUGAUGAAGGAGCUGGAGGAGCUUGAAGUGAACAGCGCUGUGGAUGACGUGAUCGCAUGGUGGUCAGCGAGGUAUCCAAAUGUGCCAAAGGAGGUGCUGAAGUUAUGGUGGGCCAGAAUGACAAAUGGGAAGAUCUGGACCAUGGUGGCUUGCCCUUCAACCGGUAUCGUCGACGACAACUGGAAACUUGCCGUGGUGUGGUGCUGCAUCUCUAUGCAGGAGGUGAACAUCAAUCGAAGAGAUGGCAGUGCCUUCAACGAGCUGGCUUCGAGGUGGUGUUGGGAGGUCCGCCUUGCCGCACUUUCAGCCGGUUACGGCAUCAACGGCCGGGACCAAAACCUCUACGGGCGUGGUGAAAAGAGGUGGAGACUUGAAAAUCUCACCGAUGAGGAGGUGGAGAAGACCCACGGAGAUACAGCUUUGGUCCUGAAAAUGAUGGCCAUCUACGAUGUGGUGUUUGAAGCAUCUCCGGAGUUCCACGCCUAUUUGAUGGAGCAUCCCACGGAUCCGAAGGACUACUUGGAUGAGGCUGAGCAGUAUCCUUCGAUCUGGGAAUGGCCAGAAGUUCACGAUUUCGCUCAACGACAUGGUCUUCAGACCGUGAAGCUGGAUCAGGGUGCGUGCGGGCAUAAUUGUGUCAAACCUACGACGCUGUUGACGGACCUGGAAGCCAUGAAGGACUUGGACGGCCUCAGGGCCAAUGGGGCCAAGGAGGAGAUGCAUGGAGGUGAACCUCGGUCCUCGCAUGCGACAGACCUCAAUGUGGUCUGCAUGGGCACCAGGCCUUGUGAGGGCCAUCCAACUUGCCAUCAUGAAGCUUCAGGACGUGGCGUCUCAAAUGAAGAAGUUCUCCAUUGA